AAAAACAAGUUUCACAUUGCUAAAGGGCUGGCUUGCCUAGUGGUAUACAAUUCAAGACAAAGAAGACAUUUUCGCUCCACAAUAACCCAUCCGCCUACGUAUUCAACGAAGUUAUAGCUGCCGACUCAGACCUAUACUAAAAUCCAAAUCUAAUUUCCAGCAUUCUACGCGAAACCCCUUCAAGAACCAUCCCAGAAUGUAUGAACGGACACUCCGUCUGUCCUGCGAGGAAGUUUCCAAAGUUUUGUACGUCGUGGGUACAGAGCUGCAAGUGAACAUCGGCAGGUGUGCCCCCUCCACAUGCAAGUCGUUCUCAGUGCGAUGCAGCCCCACGGUGAAGUACAGGAUCUCCCCCCCUACACAGGCCCAGACCACGGUCACCCCCCUCACCCCGAACUCCACCCUCAUCGUCACCAUGGAUACUGCCAGCGAGCAUGCCUUCGACAGCAAGCUGUCUGUGCGUUACUAUGGAGAGCAGGCUGAGACAUGGGGGACAGCUGUUCUGCACCUCACUGCAGUCGAGAUCUCCCUGGACGUGGAUGCGGAUCGGGACGGCGUGGUGGAGAAGAACAAUCCCAAUAAGGGGUCCUGGAAGUGGGGUCCUGAGGGCCACGGGGCCAUCCUGCUGGUGAACUGUGACUCUGAGAGUUUCUUCAUGAAGAGCCCAGACUACAAGAGCUCGAAAAUAACCAAGGUUUCAGACCUGAAGGACAUGUCCCGCAUGGUCGUUCGGACCAAAGGCCCAGCCGAGCUUCCCGCUGGCUACAAGCUGACUCUGCACGUAUCUCAGACUGAUGCAGAGAAAAUCCGGGUUUUCCGGGAUGGGAAACAGGGACGUUCCCCAACUUACAAGAACAUAUUCUCAUACUUUAUCAAAGACUAUCCGCUGGUUUUAAGCCCCGACAACGUUUGCCAGGAAAUACCGUAUAACGGGGGCAGCUUUGAGGCCGAUUUCUUUGUGGAAGGCCUUCGGUUUGCAGAUAAAGAUUUUAACGGCCUGCUGACCAUCAAUCUGAGUCUCCUGGAGCCCACCUCCCCCUUGUUCCCCGAAACGCCCAUCUUCACAGACAAGGUGAUGUUCCAUGUGGCCCCCUGGAUCAUGACGCCCAACACCCUGGAUCCGUUGGAGGUGUUCAUCUGCAGAACCUCGGAUAACGACGCGUUCCUGAAGGGGAUGGCACAGCUGGUGAAGCAGAGUGGCUGUGAGCUGAAGAUCUGCCAUGAAUUCCAGAACCGAGGGGACCGCUGGAUCCAGGACGAGAUGGAGUUUGGCUACAUCGACUCGCCCCAUCACCGUUUCCCUGUGGUUCUGGAUUCUCCCCGGAGAGGAGACCUUGAUGACUACUGCUAUGACGAGCUGCUGGGGCCGGACUUUGGCUAUGUGACCAGGUCGUCCUGCGAGAUGGAGGUGAACAGUCUUGAUUCGUUCGGGAACCUGGAGGUGAGCCCGCCCGUCACAGUGAAUGGGCGGAGCUAUCCCCUGGGCCGGAUCAUCAUUGGAGUAGCCUUUCCCACAACCCACCACGGACGGAACAUGGCCAAGGUCGUCCAGGACUUUUUGUGGGCCCAGAAAGUCCAAGAGCCAAUUGCACUCUUCUCUGAUUGGCUGACUGUUGGUCAUGUGGACGAAUUCAUGAGCUUUGUCCCUGCUCCUGACAGAAAGGGGUUCCGGCUGCUCUUAGCCAGCCCAGACGCUGGUUACAGACUCUUCCACAGACUACAGAGCGAUGGUCACGGGCAGGCCAUGAUGUUCGAGGGGGUUUCGGGUAAAAAACUGAUCUCUGUGGACGACAUUCUAAAUGACCCUCAACUCAAGUACAUGAACAACUAUGUCCAGGGCUGCAUAGACUGGAACAGGGACGUCCUGAAGAAGGAGUUGGGAUUGGAGGAGGAUGACAUCAUAGACCUGCCCAUCCUGUUCCACAUGCCAGAGGAGGAGGAGGAGAACCUGGCCGUGGCGUACUACCCCGACAUGGUGAACAUGAUCGUGUUGGGGCGGAACCUGGGCGUGCCCAAGCCCUUCGGCCCACGGGUGGGCGGGACCUGUGCAUUGGAGGCGGAGCUCUGCGCUCUGAUGGCGCCACUCGGACUCACCUGCUUCUUCAUCGACGACUUCGCCUCCUACCACGAGAUACUGGGAGAGGUGCACUGUGGGUCCAACACACGCCGCCAGCCCUUCACCCAGAGGUGGUGGAACCUGGAGCCGAGAGAGUGAGAGAG